UUCCGCGUUUUCUUGUUGAGCAUAUUUUUAAUUUGAUAAUUAAGAAGUAUUAGGUGUUGUAAAUUGAAGAAAAACUAAAUUAGCGACAAUAACAACGGUUUUAUAGUCGAGAAUGGAUUCCGAUUUGUAUGAUGAGUUUGGCAACUAUAUAGGGCCCGAUUUGGACAGCGAUGAGGAUGAUGACCAGAGCAUUUACGGUCAGCCCGAUGUGCACGAUGAUCAAGAUGAGGAUGCCAUGGAUGAGGACGAAGCGGAGCCACAAGAUGAUGAAGACAAAGAAGUGACGGCUGUUGUGCUGCAUGAGGACAAACGUUAUUAUCCAUCGGCCGUUGAGGUGUAUGGGCCGGAUGUGGAGACAAUUGUGCAGGAGGAGGAUGCACAACCAUUGGACAAGCCGCUUAUUGAGCCCGUGAAAAAGCUAAAGUUUCAGAUCAAAGAACAAGAUCUGCCCGAAACUACCUAUGAUAUGGAAUUCAUGGCUGAUCUGAUGGACACUCCACCAUUGAUUCGCAAUGUGGCGCUAAUUGGUCACUUGCACCACGGCAAGACCACAUUUGUGGAUUGUCUAAUCCGUCAAACGCAUCCUCAGUUUGAGAAUAUGGAGGAACGAUCACUGCGGUACACAGAUACGCUCUUCACAGAGCAGGAGCGUGGUUGCAGCAUUAAAGCCACUCCGGUUACGCUUGUUCUGCAGGACGUCAAGCAAAAGAGCUACUUGCUAAACAUAUUCGACACGCCCGGUCAUGUUAAUUUCUCAGAUGAGGCAACCGCCGCCAUGCGCAUGAGUGACGGCGUGGUGCUAUUUAUUGAUGCAUCCGAGGGAGUGAUGUUAAACACCGAACGCCUGCUUAAGCAUGCUGUGCAGGAGCGACUGGCCAUCACUGUGUGCAUCAACAAGAUCGAUCGCUUAAUCCUGGAGCUCAAAUUGCCGCCACAGGACGCGUACUUUAAGCUUAAGCACAUUGUCGAGGAAGUCAACAGCUUGUUGAGCACCUAUGGCAGCGCGGAUGAUAAUUUGAUGGUAUCCCCCGUACUGGGUAACGUUUGCUUUGCAAGCUCCUUGUAUGGGUUUUGCUUCACCUUAAAGUCCUUUGCAAAACUCUAUGCAGACACGUAUGAGGGCGUCAACUACAAUGAGUUUGCUAAGCGCCUCUGGGGUGAUAUGUAUUUCCAUAGCAAGUCGCGCAAAUUUACUAAGAAACCACCGCAUAGCUCUGCUCAGCGCAGUUUUGUGGAGUUCAUACUGGAGCCUAUGUAUAAAUUGAUUGCUCAAGUUGUGGGGGAUGUAGACACCACGUUGGCCGACACCUUGUCGGAGCUGCAUGUGCGAGUAUCCAAAGAUGAGAUGAAGUCCAAUAUACGGCCAUUGUUGCGCGUGGUUUGCAAUCGUUUUAUGGGCGAUUGCAGCGGUUUUGUGGAUAUGUGCGUGGAGCACAUUAAGUCACCGCUGGAGAAUGCCAAGCGUAAAGUGGAUCACAUUUACACGGGCCCCAAGGAGGGCGAUAUUUACCGUGACAUGAUUACGUGCAAUCAGUACGGCACGCUGAUGGUGCACAGCUCUAAGAUGUACCCCAACGACGACUGCACCUUCUUUCAGGUGCUGGCACGAAUUGUGUCCGGCACACUGCAUGCCGGGCAGGAGGUGCGUGUGCUAGGCGAGAACUACACACUGCAGGACGAGGAAGAUUCGCGCAUUCUCCAAGUAGGCAGGCUCUGGGUCUAUGAAGCUCGCUACAAAGUUGAAUUGAAUCGUGUGCCCUCAGGCAAUUGGGUGCUCAUCGAGGGCAUUGAUCAGUGCAUUGUGAAAACAUCCAGCAUCGUGGACAUUCAUGUUCCCGAGGAUCUCUAUAUAUUCCGGCCGCUCAAGUUUAACACUCAAAGCAUUAUUAAGAUUGCUGUGGAGCCGGUGAAUCCUUCAGAGCUGCCAAAAAUGUUGGACGGUCUGCGUAAGGUAAACAAAUCUUAUCCUCUGCUUUCCACCCGCGUUGAGGAGUCGGGUGAGCACGUUAUCCUAGGCACGGGCGAGCUCUACCUAGACUGUGUCAUGCAUGAUCUACGCAAGAUGUACUCGGAGAUUGACAUCAAGGUGGCCGAUCCAGUGGUGGCAUUUUGUGAGACCGUUGUGGAGACCAGUUCCUUGAAGUGUUUCGCGGAAACGCCAAACAAAAAGAAUAAGAUUACCAUGAUAUCGGAGCCGCUGGAGAAGGGGCUGGCCGAGGACAUCGAGAACGAGACUGUCUGCAUUAAUUGGAAUAAGAAGCGCAUUGGCGAAUUCUUUCAAGUUAACUACGAUUGGGAUUUGCUGGCCGCACGUUCCAUUUGGGCAUUCGGUCCGGAUAGUACUGGACCUAACAUCCUGGUGGAUGAUACUUUGCCUUCAGAGGUGGACAAAAAUCUACUGACUGCGGUUAAGGAUUCAAUCGUGCAAGGUUUUCAGUGGGGCACGCGCGAGGGACCGCUCUGCGAGGAGCCCAUACGUAAUGUCAAGUUUAAAAUUCUAGAUGCGGUCAUAGCCAAUGAGGCACUGCAUCGUGGUGGCGGCCAAAUCAUUCCCACAGCACGUCGUGUCGCCUACUCGGCUUUCCUCAUGGCCACGCCCCGUCUGAUGGAGCCCUAUCUAUUUGUCGAGGUGCAGGCACCCGCGGAUUGUGUAUCUGCCGUAUACACUGUGCUCGCGCGGCGCAGAGGUCACGUUACGCAGGAUGCGCCUGUUUCUGGCUCGCCCAUUUAUACAAUCAAAGCCUUUAUACCCGCCAUCGAUUCGUUUGGGUUUGAAACAGAUCUGCGGACUCACACCCAAGGUCAGGCAUUCUGUCUGUCUGUUUUCCAUCAUUGGCAAAUCGUACCAGGCGAUCCCUUGGACAAGAGCAUUGUCAUACGGCCGCUGGAGCCACAGCAAGCCUCUCACUUGGCUCGUGAGUUUAUGAUCAAGACACGUCGGCGCAAGGGUCUCUCCGAGGACGUGUCUAUAAACAAGUUCUUCGACGAUCCCAUGUUGUUGGAGCUGGCACGACAGGAUGUUCUGCUCAACUAUCCACUAUAGUGUUAGUCUAAUGACCCAAUAAAAUCCUGCAUGGUG